AUGUCAGAAAGUAGCGGACGAACUGAGUCGGAAGGGCUGGGCCGUAGUGUGUCUAUGGUAGUUGAUACAUUCGUUGAUGAAUCCGUCCGCCGUAAUAUCGCAGUUUCUAUUCAUAUUACUCUCGUCGACAGGGACUCAUUAGGGGAGUUGGAGUAUAAAUUGAAAUCCAAUAAACGGCUAGAUUGGGUAGUAUGGACUGCGGAAUAUGAUGGUAUCAUGAAUAAAACACUUCAUGAUUAUGAUUUAGAGAUGUUUGAAAAAGCAAGAAAUACAAGAGCUGCGAAAACAAGAAGAAUAAAAAUGGUUGAGGCUUCAAAAUCUUGA